GGAUCGGCUUCAAGAUGUAUGUAACGAGCUAAGAGAUGAGAAUGAAAUCGCUAUUCUAAAAAAAUACGGAAGCAAGGCGAAACGUUACACAACUGCAAUUAUACUGCUUGGUACAUAUGGCGCAGGUACAUUAACUGCUAUGUAUAUUUGGACAUACAUUCAACACAUUGGUCUGCCUAAAAACGAGUCUCGACUAAACCCUUCAGUGUAUUUUAUGACAGAAUACUUUAUUGAUAAAGAAAAAUAUUCCUACUUAAUCACGCUGCAUGUACUAGCAACUAUUUACAUAGGGACUGUCUCACUGAUAGCGACAGGAACUAUGCUCAUUGCAUAUCUUCAACAUAUCUGCGGAAUGUUUAGUAUCGCCAGUUAUCGAAUCGAACAGGCAAUCAAUAUUUUACAAAAAGAUAUCCUAAAGAGUGAGAACAUGGUUUAUAAAGAGAUUACUUAUGCCAUAGAUAUUCAUCGCAAGGCUAUAAAAUUCACGGACUUUUUAAUAUCCAAUUUUGAGGGAUCAUUCUUCUUCUUGAUAGCAUUCGGCGUGACUUGUAUUAGCCUUAAUCUUUUUCGGCUCGCGUCAUAUACUGAUGAAAUUGAAAAACUUGUUGCACCUUUUUUAAUGAUAAACGUUCUUUACGCGUACUUGUUCUUAGCCAACUAUACUGCGCAACAUAUUACGGAUCACAACGAAUGUGUAUUUGCCACAGUAUACAACGUUCAGUGGUACAAGGCUCCAUUACAUAUACAGAAAAUAAUAUUGUUUCUACUGCAAAGAGGCACUAAACCUUUUCAUAUAAGUAUCGGUGGAAUAUUUGUGGCGUCCUUAGAAAGUGCGGCUACGUUGUUUAAUACUUCGAUAUACUAUUUUACUGUUCUCUGUUCUACGAGAGAGAACUAAGAGUAUAAAUUAAUAACGAUAAAAUAAAAUUAGUUUUCGGGAUUCUACAUUGUAAAAACUGCAGAAUAAUGUUGAAAACGUUGCGUACAAUAAAAAAUUUGUAUUAUUCAGAUUUUAUGUAAGUAUAAAAAGUUUC